AUGACGUUUCCCAAGUGGGAUAAUGUGUUGGAUCCUUACAACCUCACCGAUGUCAAAGAAGCAUCUGCAGCUCCUGAUCUUCAGCGCCAGAGGUUUGGGAGCUACUUUUCUGUAGCUGGGGCCUUUGUGCGUUUGCUAAAGCCCGGUAGUAUGGGGAUGUUUGGAUCGUUGCUGCUAGUUUGGGGUCUUGUCAAAGAAGGGAUCUUAAAGAAGCCAAUGAAUACUGACCCACAGGGGACUGUUUAUGUGUACCCAACCAUGGUGAUUGCUAUGAUCUGCGUUUUCUCUAUGAUAAAUUAUAACUUAAAGAAAGCUACUAGAGCCGCUCCUGCUCGUCCCAUUGCGAAACCUCUCAUGAGCUCUUCAAAUUCUAAGCUCAAGUGA